AUGAGCGAAUCUGCCGCCCCAGCGAGCUCUUCGACCAAAGACACCACUCUGCCCGACCGCACAGCACCCAUGGACGCCGCCGGCCCCUCGAAGAAUGCCCCGCAGAAAGCAGACAAGGCAAAGGGCAAGCCUGCAGCCGCUGAGAAGCCGCUGCCAGACUUUAUCAUAGAGCGAAAUGAGCUGUUUGACCGGCUGUACAAGGAGAAGGUGGAGGAGAUCAAGAACAAGCCUCGAUUCGACAUCACCGUGACCCUGGAGGUGAAUGGCGCACCUUCAACCGUUAUCGCGCAGGCAUGGCACUCUACUCCAGGCUCGUUUUUGAAGGAUAUACCCAAGGAGCUCAGCUCGAGCGUAGUUAUCGCUAAGCUUGACGGAAAGGAGCUCUGGGACCUGGACCGUCCACUUGAAAGGGACUGCCGCAUCCGCUACCUACCCUUUGACUCCGUGGAGGGCAGAGAAGUGUUCUGGCAUUCCAGUGCUCAUGCUCUUGGUGAGGCUUGCGAGUGUCAUUAUGGAUGUCUCCUGUCACACGGUCCUCCUACUGCCCAGGGUUUCUUCUAUGAUAUGGCAAUCCCUGAAGGUGGCGUCGUCCACCAGACCGAUUACCCAGCAUUAGACGCCAAAACCGCAAAGAUUUUCAAGGAGAAACAGUCAUUCGACAGGUUGGAGGUUUCCAAGGACAACCUGAAGAAAAUGUUUGGCUAUAGCAAAUAUAAGUUACAUUAUAUCGACAAUCUUGUUGAAGGCGAGAGCAGCACUGUCUACCGAUGUGGAACUCUUGUAGACUUGUGCCGCGGACCCCAUAUUCAGAACACCGGCAAAAUCAAGGCCAUGAAGAUCACUCAGAACUCCUCUGCCUAUUUCCUAGGUGAUCAGACCAAUGAUGCCCUACAGCGGAUACGUGGUGUAGCUUUCCCUGACAAGAAACUGCUACAAGAGCAUCUAAAAUUUCUUGAAGAGGCAGAGAAGCGAAACCACCUCAAAAUCGGCAAAGAGCAAGAACUUUUCUUCUUCGACGAAGUUUCCCCAGGAUGCCCCUUUUUACUUCCUAAUGGAACCAAGAUCUUCAAUGCCCUACAAAAGUUACUCCGCACCGAGUACCGAAAGCGAGGUUAUCAAGAAGUACAGUCCCCUAACAUGUACGAUGUUGGUAUAUGGCGACAAUCUGGCCACUGGGCCCAUUACAAAGACGAUAUGUUCAAGCUUGACGUUGAAAAGCGUGAUUGGGCUCUGAAGCCAAUGAACUGCCCUGGCCAUUGUAUCAUGUUUGGCCACAGAGAGCGAAGUUACCGAGAACUACCAUUGCGAAUGGCAGAUUUUGGUGUACUUCAUAGAAAUGAAGCAUCCGGUGCUCUGCACGGGUUGACUCGAGUGAGAAAGUUCCAGCAGGAUGACACCCAUAUUUUCUGCACUGACAACCAGAUUAUAGGAGAGAUCGAAGGUCUCUUUGAUUUCCUCCGUGCUAUCUAUGGAUUGUUUGGAUUCAGCUUCAAACUAAAACUCUCUACCCGACCAGAGAAGUACCUCGGAAAGCUUGAGACCUGGGAUUUUGCCGAAGCUCAACUGAGAGAAGCUCUCACCAAAUUCAAGGGUGCAGAAUGGGAAAUUGACGAAGGUGAUGGUGCCUUCUAUGGACCAAAGAUUGAUAUCACGAUUUCCGAUGCCCUGAAGCGAGAACAUCAGUGUGCCACUAUUCAACUCGACUACCAACUCCCCCUGAAUUUCAAACUCGAAUACAUGACUGGGGAAACCAUUCCUAAAUCCGCUGCUCCGGCCGCGCCCCAGGCCCCUCAGGCCGAAGCUAAGCCAGAAGGCGGUUCAAACUCAUCCCAAGCACAGCCCUCAGACUCUUCUAACCCAGGCCCGGGUAGAGCUAGACCAGUUAUGAUCCAUAGGGCUAUCAUUGGAAGCUUUGAGCGUUUCUUUGGUAUUUUGAUUGAGCAUUUUGGCGGCAAAUGGCCGUUCUGGCUUAGCCCCCGACAGAUCCUAAUUGUCCCCGUUAUGGCCAGUGCCAACGACUAUGUCGAAGAACUUCAGGAGAUACUUCGAGGUGAUAAGCUGAAUGUCGAUAUUGAUCUCAGCGGCCACACUAUGCAAAAGAAGAUUCGAAAUGGCCAGUUGGCCCAGUACAACUUCAUUUUUGUGGUGGGCGCUCAAGAGAAGGAGUCUCGUUCGGUUAACAUUCGUAACCGUGAUGAUCCCAGUUCGCAGACCAAGGGCAGUCUCGUGCCCCUCGAGGAAGCUAGAGCUAAACUGCGCGCUCUUCGAAAGGAACGCCGCCUGGAGAACACUCUCUAG